AUGCCGUCCAACAGCCCCAGCACCGACCAGACGCCACAGGACCAGACCUCAGACCAAGCGAGCGAGGCCGGGGUGGACCGCGACAGCCCAGAGGAGGGGACCCCGGCGAGCCCGCCCAGUAAACGCUGCGUGGGACGUCCCGGCAGGAAACGCAAACAGCUGCUUCCUUCGGUGUCGGUGUUGGUGUCGGUGUCUGUGGUUGUGGCUCUGUCAGUGUCAGUUUCUGUGUCGGUGUCGGUGUCGGUGUCUGUGGCUGUGGCUCUAUCAGUAGCAUGCGGCGCCCUCCCCUCCGCCCCUCCCCUCCGCCCCUCCCCUCCCGUCCCCUCCGCCCCUCCCCUCCGCCCCUCCCCUCCCGUCCCCUCCGGCCCUCCGCCCCUCCCCUCCGCCCCUCCCCUCCGCCCCUCCCCUCCCGUCCCCUCCGGCCCUCCGCCCCUCCCCUCCGCCCCUCCCCUCCCGUCCCCUCCGGCCCUCCGCCCCUCCCCUCCGCCCCUCCCCUCCGCCCCUCCCCUCCCGUCCCCUCCGGCCCUCCGCCCCUCCGCCCCUCCCCUCCGCCCCCUCCCCUCCGCCCCUCCCCUCCGCCCCUCCGCCCCGGCCCUCCGCCCCUCCGCCCCUCCCCUCCCGUCCCCUCCGGCCCUCCGCCCCUCCGCCCCUCCCCUCCGCCCCUCCCCUCCCGUCCCCUCCGGCCCUCCGCCCCUCCCCUCCGCCCCUCCCCUCCGCCCCUCCCCUCCCGUCCCCUCCGGCCCUCCCCUCCGCCCCUCCCCUCCCGUCCCCUCCGGCCCUCCGGCCCUCCGGCCCUCCGCCCCUCCCCUCCCGUCCCCUCCGGCCCUCCGCCCCUCCGCCCCGGCCCUCCGGCUCUCCUUUAUGGUUGGUGUCAGCUCCACCCUGAGCCCCACACAAAGCCUGUUCCUGGACUCUGGGGCCUACAGUCUGGUGCAUCCAGGGGCCUACAGUCUGGUGCAUCCAGGGGCCUACAGUCUGGUGCAUCCAGGGGCCUACAGUCUGGUGCAUCCAGGGGCCUACAGUCUGGUGCAUCCAGGGGCCUACAGUCUGGUGCAUCCAGGGGCCUACAGUCUGGUGCAUCCAGGGGCCUACAGUCUGGUGCAUCCAGGGGCCUACAGUCUGGUGCAUCCAGGGGCCUACAGUCUGGUGCAUCCAGGGGCCUACAGUCUGGUGCAUCCAGGGGCCUACAGUCUGGUGCAUCCAGGGGCCUACAGUCUGGUGCAUCCAGGGGCCUACAGUCUGGUGCAUCCAGGGGCCUACAGUCUGGUGCAUCCAGGGGCCUACAGUCUGGUGCAUCCAGGGGCCUAUAGCCAAAGGUAA